UCGUUAUCGGAUACCUAUAUUCGAAGAAAUACGUGUAGAAGAGCCGUAGUCUUUGAACAUAUAUUUAGAGCAGAGCACAAAGGGAAAUCCACAUUAUAUCGAUCUUGAAAAGAAGCUGAUUAAGCAAAAUGGCGGAAACAAAGGUUAUUCGCAUGAACGAAGGGGAUCAUGAAAUUAGCUAUGCCAAUAAUUCUAUUAUUCAAAACGCAGUGAUAUUAAAGGUAAUGCCAAUCAUUGAAGAAUCCGUCUCAGUUAUGUUCAAGGAAAUGGGCCCAGCUUGCAUGAAGGUGGCAGACUUGGGUUGCUCUUCAGGUCCUAACACUUUCAUGACUAUAUCUAAAGUUAUAGACACAAUCCAUGAGAUAUGUAAGCGACAACAGUUGAAAUUACCUGAAUUUGAAGUGAUUCUAAAUGAUCUUCCGGAGAAUGACUUCAACUUUGUGUUUAAGUCGAUUCCUGGUUUCAUUGAGAGGAUGAAGAAAGAGAAAGGGGAUAUGGUGAAGGAAAGGUGUUAUAUAGGGGUAGUUGCAGGUUCUUUUUAUCACAGGCUAUUUCCGACCAGAAGCCUCCACUUCGUGCAUUCUUCCUAUGCGCUGCAGUGGCUCUCAAUGGUCCCAGUUGGAGUGGAGAACAACAAGGGGAACAUAUGCAUGUCAACAUCAAGCCCUCCCAAUGUUGUCAGAGCCUAUACCGAGCAAUUUCGGAAAGACUUCUCAAGUUUUUUAAGCAUGCGCUCUGAAGAAAUAAUACCAAAAGGUCGUAUGGUGCUAUCCUUUGCAGCUAGGACAAAUCCAAAUCCCACCGACGAAAAUUAUGGUUUGGAGCUUGUUGCCAUAUCCCUUCUUGACUUGAUUGCACAGGGAGUUGUAAAAGAGGCUGAUGUGGAUUCAUUCAAUCUUCCUCUAUACUCACCAUGCAAAGAAGAAGUGGCUGAGAUUGUUGAGAGAGAAGGAUCGUUUGAAAUUGAGGAGCUACGAGUUUUCGAAGUAGACGUCAAUUCUUUAAAUAGAGAUGAGCAGCAACGUAACAAAGACUUGGGUUUCAACAUUAAUGUGCAAAUAGGGAAAAUCUAUGCAAAUACUAUGAGAGCUGUUUUGGAGCCCAUGAUCUGCAGUCAUUUUGGAGAUGCUAUCAUUGACGAGUUAUUCAUUAGGGUUGCUGAAAAUGCAGACAAUCCUCCAAAGAAAAUGCAUCAAAACAGGGUUAACAUUGUGGUUUCAAUGGCAAAGAAAUAAUACGGGAGGACCUGAACAACAACUGAAUAACGGUUCACCUUAUAAGGUUUGAAUUGUUGGAUAAAUAAGAUAUUAGGAUUGCCGGAUAAAUAAGAAAUAAUACUGGAGGACCUGAUCUACAACUGAAUAACAGUUGCAAAUUAUUGGAAUUUGGCAAUAAAAGCCACCAGUGUAACGGGCCACAUAUGACAUUUGAUUUAAUUUCAUUUAGAAAGUUUGAUUUGGUUUUUA